CUCCCUCUAUUCAUUUCUUUUUAUUUCGUUUAAAUUGACAUAUCCUCCAAAACCCUCACACCACAACAAUAUAUUAAUUUCCUCUUUUCACAUUCGAAGAAAACAUACACAAUUUCCCUCGCAGCAUUCUAUACACUCGUUAUCAAAUGGCGAGCCAGGAAGUCGUCGUGGUUGGAGGGGAGAGGGAAGGAGCUGAGAUCGUGUACGGUGCGGAGGAGUGUUACCAGAAGUCGGUGGAGCUUCUAGAGGAGCUAGGGUUUCCAAAAGGUGUGAUGCCUUUGAAGAACCUCGUGGAGUGUGGAAGAGUUAGAGCCACGGGUUACGUGUGGAUGAAGCAAAACACUCCUUACGAACAUUUCUUUGAAGCCACCAACACUCGCGUUUCUUACGCUCUUGAGGUCACCGCCUAUAUAGACAAGUGUUGUAUGAAGAAGAUGACAGGCGUGAAGAGUAAGCAGAUGUUUUUGUGGGUACCGAUUGUGGAGAUGAGUAUGGAGGAGCCAAAGAGCAAGAAGAUUUACUUCAAGACUCCUAUGGGAAUCGGCAAGUCUUUUCAUGUUACCGCAUUCAUGGACGAGGAAGAGAAACGUAACUUUUAUUUGGAGAAUCCUAAAAAAUAAAUCAUUUAAUUAUUAUUAUUGUGUUUUGGUUGCUUUUUGUUUUUAUUUUAAUAUUUGUACUCUUGCAAGGUUGCUUUAUUGCAAUUGCUGAAUGUUUAUUUUGAUAAUUAUAAAAUGAAAUAAGAUUUUAUAUAUUUGUGAUGCAAUG